UGCCGCAAAUAGUCUGGGUGCGACCGAGAGACAGCCUGCGCGGUUCUGUAGGGCCGGGAGGUGACUGCGGUGAUCUGUAAAUGAACAUGCUUACUGCCUGGUCACUCUGCCACUUUAAGAAGGCGGAAUCGGCGCGGCCAGUACACUGUGUGUUUAUUACCAGUCUUUAAGUGGCACAUGGAAAAGAUACAGUAACUCCCUUUAAUUCAACAUGGCGAAGGCUUCGGUGGCAUACAUAUAUUUUGCAUGAACUUUAAGGGAUAUUGGCAACAUCCCACCAAUUUUUGCAAAUAGCUGGAAAACUUUUAUCGGCUUAAAGUGCCUGUUUGAAAUAUACUCGUCUUUUUAGGGGAGGACUGCGCGACUGUCAUUAAUCGCAAAUCGCGACGCCGAUUCAAACCCCUAUGCGAUUUUUGAGGGAUCCGAGAGAGCGUCGUGCAACAAGAUAAAAAAAGGAAAAGGUGUACUGGAAAUAUGUGCUGAUUUCUUUUUUCUCCUGAAGCAAGAAGCGACAGCGGGUCUCUAAGCGAGAUGGACGGAUCUCCGGGAGGUUCUGCCGAACGCACCCGGACUGCGUGCGUGUAAAACAGCUGAAGACCUGGUGUCCGGGAUGGCAGCGUCCAGUAACUCCAGUCUUUCUGGCUCGUCCGUGUCCUCCGAUGCGGAGGAUUUCCAGCCGCCCAUAUGGAAGUCUUAUCUGUACCAGCUACAGCAGGAGGCUCCCCGCCCCAAGAGAGUCACCUGCCCUCAGGAGAUGGAGAGCAGACCAAAGUACUACGGCAGAGAGUUCCACGGAAUGGUUUCACGGGAGCGUGCAGACGAGCUUCUGGAUAGUGCCGAGGGUGCCUACCUCAUCAGAGAGAGCCAGCGGCAACCUGGAACCCACACUCUGGCCCUGAGGUUUGGCAACCAGACACUCAACUACAGACUCUUCUACGAUGGGAAGCACUUUGUCGGGGAGAAGAGGUUCGAGUCAAUCCACGACCUGGUGACGGACGGCCUCAUCACGCUGUACAUCGAGACAAAGGCAGCUGAGUACAUCUCUCGCAUGACCACCAACCCCAUCUACGAGCACGUGGGCUACACGUCCCAGCGUAGGGACCGAGGAACGCAGCGGCUCUGCCGAGGUCACCCCCCAUCCAGGAAGGUCACCUUCCAAGAUGAGGGCAAGAUCUCAUCUCCACCCUUGCUGGGACCACGGGCUACUCUGCGAGACCAGGAGAAGCACCACAGCUACGACAAAGUUCACAAUUUCAAGACGCACACCUUCCGUGGGCCUCACUGGUGUGAGUACUGUGCCAACUUCAUGUGGGGCCUAAUCGCCCAGGGGCUGCGCUGUUCAGACUGCGGCCUGAAUGUCCACAAGCAGUGUUCCAGGCUGGUACCAUCGGACUGCCAGCCUGACCUGCGGCGGAUCAAGAAAGUCUUCAGCUGUGACCUCACCACCCUGGUCAAGGCCCAUAACACACCAAGGCCCAUGGUGGUGGACAUGUGCAUCCGCGAGAUCGAGCGGCGAGGGCUGCAGUCCGAGGGGCUGUACAGAGUGUCCGGGUUCACGGACCACAUCGAAGACGUGAAGCUGGCCUUCGAUCGAGAUGGCGACAAAGCGGACAUCAGUGAGGACACCUACGCAGACAUCAACAUCAUCGCCGGCGCCCUGAAACUGUACCUCCGGGACCUGCCCAUCCCCAUCAUCACGUACGACCUGUAUUCCCGCUUCAUACAGGCUGCAAAGAUCACCGACCCAGACGCCAGACUGGAGGCCAUCCAUGAUGGACUGCUGUUACUCCCACCUGCACACUACGAGACGCUGCGCUUCCUGGUUACGCACCUGAAGAGAGUGACCUCGUUUGAGAAGGACAACUUAAUGAACGCAGAGAACCUGGGCAUAGUGUUCGGACCAACGCUGAUGCGGCCCCCUGACCAGAGCACGCUGGCGACGUUAAACGACAUGCGGUACCAGAAGCUCGUCAUCCAGCUGCUGAUCGAGAAUGAAGACAUCCUGUUCUAGAAGGAAGUGUGCGCGUCUCCCCAAAGGAGACACCCGCCCACCACGCGCCCCGUGGACCCCCACGACAAUCUGUGACAUGCUCAGUGGGCGGCGCCCUCCUCUGUUGCGUGGAUGUUACAGCAUCAAAUUGACUGUCGGGGGUGACGGCAUCUCCUCUCACACGGGUUAAGAGCUUUGAUUGCCAGGGUCUUUUUCAUAGAGGUGGGGAUUUCAUAUCCAGAGAGUACAGAUCCAGACCAGGAUUUUGUUUCAACCAGCCAGUUGAGUACUCUGUGACUGUGACUCUUUAUACUCAACCGGUUGGUUGAAACAAAAUCCUGACCUGGAUUUGUACUUUCUGGACCUGAAAUCUCCGCCUCUGCUUUUUCGUGAGCACUUUGGUCGCGUUCCUGCGGUUGCACUGAGCUGGCCGAUCGAUCCUCGCUUCUCCACCCUUGCUGACGUGCGGUAACUCUUCCGGAACAUGCCGGCCGUCAGCACAGGUGGCAGCACAGGAUCAGGUCAGCAUCUGUGGCUGAAGCCCACUGAUAUUUAAAGACAAAACAAAAAAAAAAAAAAAAACAGUUCACAGAAUUCCAUGUUAUUCUUCCUCUUCAGCCAAGUUUAACGUUUAAAAAGCUGCCAGAAAUACAUAUUCAGCAUUGAUUACUGACAUUAUGCUGUAUAAUGAGAGAUGGAAAUUUUUUUCUAACAAAUAUAUGUACCUUGUCAGGUUCUGUUUGUCUACAGUACAAAUAAUGAGCAAAACAUUCUGUCCUGUAUAUAAAAAACUGGUGUCCUGCUUUCAAUAACUGCAAGUAUGGUUGCAUAAGGGAAUUUGGUGCGGAUUUCAAUCAUUAUUGGGACAGAUAUACUGCAUCGCCAUUCUGAGAUAGUGGGGCUUUAAAUAUAUUGUCUGCUUUGGCUACUUUGACAGCCACAUAAAAAAAGUUAGAUGGAUGGAAAAUGACAGCCAUGUUUUCACCCAGACGACAGACUACGCUGUCAGUAAAGAAAUCGAUCUGUACAUCGUCGUGUGACGUUUUCAUCUCAGCACCGUUGUAAGUCUCUGUGUCAGUUUCAGCUCAAUAUUUCAUACAGCCGUGGAAAAAAAUUAAGACAUCACUUGAUGUUUUUAAACAAAUCUGCAUUUUUAAAUCCAAGUUAACUCCUGGUUCUGCUGGCAGGAGGCUACGCUGAACAGCAGGUUGCGUCCAGGUUCAAAAUUUCUCAGACAGCAAGGUGCAGCAGGAGACACUGGAAAUGACCAGAAACCAGCCAGGCAGAGGGCAGAAGUGACCUUCUACUGCCAGAGAUGGCGGUUAACUUAUCCGACAGUUUCUCAUGAAUCGGUGGAUGACAUCAAGUGACCUGCAAAAGGAAUGGGACACAUUAAGUGUGGGUAGGAAGUGCACUGCUAGGUUAGUUUGUACCAGGCUCCGAGAAGAGGACUGAAGUCCCAUAAUGCAAGGAAGAAGCGCUUCAUUAAUGAGAAACAAGGAAAAACCAGGCUGCAGUUUGCAAAAAAAAAAAAUAUAUAUAUAUAUAUAUAUAUAUAUACUAUUCACUGAUGCACACCCAUAAAUUGAAAAGUGAAUUAAACAAAAAAUUGUGCUGUGGUAUCUUAAUUUUUUCCAUGGCUGUGUACACACACACACACACACACACACACACACAUAUAUCAAUGAACAUACAUUUUUUUGAAAGGUAAGACAAAUUUCAAGGAGAAUGUGCAAAAGACUGUUUCUGUUUGUAGUGAAAAUGCCUGUGCAGUGUCCCCCAAAAACAUUGAAAAGAAAAGUAUCCAUCACCCGGAUAUCCAUGAUCAGACCCGUCCAUCACCCGGAUAUCCAUGAUCAGACCCCGUCCAUCACCCGGAUAUCCAUGAUCAGACCAGUCCAUCACCCGGAUAUCCAUGAUCAGACCCCGUCCAUCACCCGGAUAUCCAUGAUCAGACCCCGUCCAUCACCCGGAUAUCCAUGAUCAGACCAGUCCAUCACCCGGAUAUCCAUGAUCAGACCCCGUCCAUCACCCGGAUAUCCAUGAUCAGACCCGUCCAUCACCCGGAUAUCCAUGAUCAGACCCCGUCCAUCACCCGGAUAUCCAUGAUCAGACCCCGUCCAUCACCUGGAUAUCCAUGAUCAGACCCCGUCCAUCACCCGGAUAUCCAAGAUCAGACCCCGUCCAUCACCCGGAUAUCCAUAAUCAGACCCCGUCCAUCACCCGGAUAUCCAUGAUCAGACCCGUCCAUCACCCGGAUAUCCAUGAUCAGACCCGUCCAUCACCCGGAUAUCCAUGAUCAGACCCCGCCCAUCACCCGGAUAUUCAUGAUCAGACCCCAUUCAUAACAUAUCUUAUUUUCUAUUCCCAGAAUUUUCAAAAUGUCGUAUUUGUUAUACAAAGGUGAGAGCUUUCUACAGAAUCAGCAUAUGGAGAAGUAUUUUUUGUGAGGAAUUUAAGAUUAGAUUGUAAUAUAUAAAUUGCAGAUUAAUUUAUUAAAAGUGUUACAAUGCA